AUGAAGAACUUAGUGGAUAAUUUUGUCUGCAAGAUAAACGGCGGAACCUCUCAUUCACAGACAAUUUAUUGGAAUGGUAGGUGUCGGCGCACCAGUUUGCCCACACAACACCUGUUUUUACUUUCGUAUGCUAUUAAAUGACGAAAACAGAGCCAAUAGCAAGGUGUAAGGAACGAGAAUGGGGCUGGUUAGAGCAAUGACGAUUGGUUUUGAGAUUAUAUUCACAAUCGGCUUGAUCAGCAACAUAUGAAUCCGGGUUCAUCAUCUACAUCGCUAAUUAAGGCUGCUGUGUGUUAAUAAAUGUGACUGAGUUUCCGUAAUUUAGGAAAUACUAUUUAAACCAAUCGACUUGCGCAGAUCGUUGGGUGAGGACUGAGGAUGAUAGCAGAACGAACUGGUUCAUGGGAAUCAGUUUAAAGGCCUGACAUUUUGCGGUGGCCGGAUCGUAUGGGAUACCAAGUGGUCCCUUUUUCAGGAAAAAUGAUUGAAAUGGCCUGCAUGUUAGUUUGAUUGCCCUGAUUGGUGCCUAAGCACUUUUGUUAUGCCACCCGUGUGCUGCAAUGACUAUCAUCCUAACGGUUAAGCGUGAGUCUAGAUCUGAUCUAAUUGCAGAUUAUUUUUGUUGUCUGCAGUGCGCACUGGCUUUGUUAUUGGAAGUCGAUGACAUUCCAAAAAUGCAGCAAUAGGUUAAAUUCAUUCUUCUAUCAAAGGUCUGUUUUGGGGCACAUCGUCUUAGGUAGUGCCUGGGUAGGGCGAUGUACGGGAUGGAUGUAUCGCAGGGAUCUGGUGUACUGGCUGUUCUAUAGUGGAGCAACUACAACUUAGUCUCUCUUGAAAAAUGACUGGAAUAAAACAAGACAUUUUGGGGUCCUACACAGUGCAAGGAUCAAUUUGUGACUGGUAGUUUGAUUGUGGCACACAGCUGGGUAAAAAUAAAUUAAUUGGCCGAAAAGGGUUGUACAACACCAACGUUUCUUAAAAAAGUGUCAGUGGCAGAAUGAGAUGUUUGUUUUUUCGACAAACAACUUCGCUCUUAAUAUUAAAAAGCCCCGUUCUUCAAGGUGCGCCUACCGCAUUCGAUCGGUUAUUUUCUCAUGUUUAACCGUCAAGUUAGAAUACGCCUUUGUCAAAAACAAAAACAAUUUAGAGAACUUCGGGAAAAAGAACUGAUUAAAUGCUCCAUUUUUCUGUGGAUAAUUUGAAACAAAUAGGAGCGGCUGAAUGGUGUAAAUCAGGAGUUCGGGCUAGGUAUUUAACUUUGAUAUAUUCCGGUGCAAAUUUGUUUCUGCGCGUUAUCAACCAAAUGUGGACCGCACAUCUUAAGAUCACUGCAAAGCGUCACGCUAGAAAAGGUAAUUAUGGCAUAUUGGGUGAAAAAAAACAUUAAAUCCACAUUUAUCUACUACAACUGCAUGGUCUUGUACUGCAAUCGCCAGAUUUUAAAUCAUUAAAACACAUUUUGUGUAAGUAAGGCAAAGUAACUGUGGCAUUUUCUGUUUAUUUUUUAAUGAGAAGUAGACAGCGAUUUGUGCCAGUUAAAUGAGGAGGACGUCGCAGAACCAUUUUCUAACCAUCUGCAUCCAACCGGUCAGUAAUCAGUUUUUCACAACUAGCUUCCAAUAUAAAUCGUCACUCUCUAAACGAAUCAGGUCCAUAUUAUUGCUACAUGUCUCUUCUCUAGGCUCUUCCAAUGCGGAAACUGCUGACUACCACGAUUUGGGUGAGCCGCUAAGUGUUGCAUUAUGAAAAGGCAGACGUAAUGCUAAUUCCACUCCAAAACCAUAUCAUUUACCUCGUUCAUGACUAUUAAUGAUCAGUACUAUGCAUUAUUUACUACGACACGGGAAGACGCUUUUACUCGUGAGUCCUUAAAACAUGAGUCAAACAGUUCAUCUUCAUAGCGCACAAGUUGUUGUAGAUCGGCUUUAUAAAUUUCGGAUGCUAAACGCCGAAGAAUGCAAUCCUCUGGCGAUAAAAAGUCACCGAAAUCGUAUCCGUUCCACAAACAGGAAUACAGUGUUAACUUUCGCCUCCCAUACUUGAAGAUCACUGCGCAGUGCACGGCUAGUAGGCGUCCUUAUUAUGCGUAAUUAUAGAAAAGCCUUUAUCGUAAUAGUCCGUUUAAUUAUUUUGUCAGAACUAGACAUUGGCGCGAGCUCGUUGGACAAGGAAGAAGGUGUCGAAAAAUUCCCCGACAAUUUGCAUCACACGCGUAAGUAGUUUAUUUUUUGUAAUGUUUCAAGAUAAGUCGUCUUUCUGAAAAUGUGGGUCUGGUUUAAGAUCAAAUAUUCCCUUUCCAGGUGCUUUUAAUUUGGAAACAGCCGAGGGCCACGAUGCAGGUGAGCCACCAAGGGUUAAAUUAACAAAUGACUUAAAUAAAUACAGUAGCUGGCUUCUUGAUGAAAUGUCCCUUGUAUUUUUCAAAUGGUACGUAGAUAAGAAAAAACUAUAUAGGUGAAAAUUCACUAUUGAUUAAAAUGCGAAAUAAUCUGAAGUUAUUUUAGUCACUUUAAGAUGACGGCAUUCGAGUAAGAUAUUGCGGCCGCCUGCAAAUACCGUACGCGGUUACAUAGUUUCUUAUACAGAAUGGAUUUUUCACGUAAACCUUUGACGACAUUAUAAAUUUCGCCAUGUUCUCAGUAGAAAACUUUGUCAUAUACAAUGAUUGUCUUUAGGGGAACCCAUUUUCCGUUUGGAAAUCAUAUUAAGUCGCAGAAUAAUCUUAGGCUUGACUUGAAUUUGCACUUUCCGACUAUGUUUUUCAGUCCCCGGUUAUUAAGGCGAUACCACGUGGAGUUUGCAAACUGUCCGGUGUUAGCAGGCUGUGCUGUGUACUUUUUCAGCAGCAAUCAAUAAUGCACAGUUAAAAGGCUAUUCGUUUGAACAUUUAGGGUUUCGAAAUUUAUAGUGACAUACUUUUAAAAAGCCAUAAAUUUUCAUUUCCUUAAGCAUAAUGUUUUAUGAAGUCCGGUUUUGUAACAAUACAUAUUCGGUAGAGGGUAUUUCUGUGCGUAUUUUCUUUAGAAAAUGUUUGAAUUUACGAUAACAAUAAAAAAGUAUUUUAAGUAUGCAAAGUCCAUGGGGGCCAUUUUAUGGAUUAUGGGUUUCGUAAGUAGCCCAUUAAAGUGACAUCAUCCUGCUGUGGUUAAAAUAUCAUGAGAUUAUGCCAAAUGUUAAUUCGUAUUGCGUCCUCGCCUAAGUAACUCUUUCUAAUCGGCGACAAACUCCUUAUCCUCAAACUGCAAACUUUCUACAAAAACUCACGUAUCCCAUUAAGCUACUAAGAAGGCAAGAUUUAAAUUUGAUAAAACAUUACAAUGCGGGUAAACUAUAUUAUAUACUUUAAAUGAAGCAUUAACAAACGUAUAGGUACGAUGCUCUUUAGAUACAAACUUAAGGGUUUUUAAGCCAAAAUUUAACAUUUUCUCGAGAUUAGAAUUUUAAUGCAACCUAAUUCGCCUUAAACCUGUUAAAUAUUGGGUAGCUUUGUACGGGUUUUCUGUAAAACUGUCUGAAUUUAUAAAAAAAUAUUUGGACCUAUUUGGGAAAAGGCAUACCAAAAAAUGAUCGUUUUGUGGCGUGCCGAUCUUUAAGCGACCGAGAAGCGUCUCGUUUCAAAGUCGUCACCCUGUUGUGACCGAAGUAUAUUGGGAUUGUGCGCUGUGAAAAUUACUAUUGCGAUCCCACUUAAGUAUUCUUGUCUAAUCAAAGAUACUUCAGAACUUCGUUUAACAUUCCAUGAGAUAUGCGGCUACUAUGAAUUCUCAGCACCAGUGUUUGACCUCUAAUUGCCUCAAAUGUGAAUCCAUCUCGUAAGUGCUCGAAUUUUCGUCCACUGGCAACACACAACGACACGGCCAUUAAAGAUACAUUGACAUAUCGGACAUAAAUACAAUGUUCGUUUUCCCAUUCUUGCAUUGUAGAAAAUUCUACCGGACAUCAUUGCAAUUGGCGUCUAAUUAGACGGGUCAGUAGUCUAAAUACUAAAUUAUUUUGUGUUAUUUCUGCACUUCUUAAAACAUUUUUGUCUAAAACGUCGCCUUAACUCCACCAAAUGCCAGGCUUUGACUGCCCGUUUUAUGAACAAUAGUUAUCGAAAUGUGGGAGUAUUUCGUUUCUAAUAAGAAACUCCAAUAGUUAGUAUAUACACUUAAGCUUUCUUUACCGAAAAAAUAACAUUUUCACAUUUUUUCUAAAAGAAACAUACGAUGACGGAGUACUAUGGUCCCUGUGACAAUAUGAGGAAUAUGACAGGUAGUACAUCAACGCUUCUCGUUUGCCGCCUUAAUGAAUGCGUAUUCAGUAUAAACCUAUUUACCUAUUCGGAAAUAAAAUUAUGUUUUUUAUGAUACACCAGUUUUAAUUAAUGAAACACUUCCCUAUAGAUUUUGUUUAAAGAAAUGGUAUUCCAACGACAAAAAUUUUCCCUAAUGUUCACCACCUACUGAAUUUUGCAAACCCAACCUUUAGAAGUACAUAUGGGGGUUUAUUAGAAUCUUAUGUCCAAUUUUUAGAAUUUGAUCUGCCAAUGCCCGGUACGCAUUAUGAAUUUGUAAUGAUGUGCCAAGAAUUGUCGUUAUCCUUUGCAAAUUAAUUAACUGUUGUUGGUCAAACAGGUUGCGUAUUUUGUUCCAUCGAUAAGGAGGCGAAACAAAAAUUAUUAAUUCCUUUUUUGUAAUCAUAGGCUGCCUUUUUCCGUACCGAAUUGAGAUAAUGUCAUAGAUACCCUUUCGAUAUCUAAAAAAUGUCAUUUUACAAUUGCCUGGAAUAGUUUUUUAAUGAAAAUUCCUAUUUAUUUUAGAAUCAGCCAUCGCAAUGUCUGAAGGUGAAACUUAAAUUUUAUUUACUUUAUUCCGCGUGAUACUUUUGCUAACGCUAGGACCUCUCUUUACCCAAAUGUCCAAACGUCUAUUCUUCCGCUUGUUAUCCAUCCAGGGUAUUCGGAUUACCUGAUAUGCUUUAGAUAGGACCAGAAUACGGACAAGCAUUAUUCCCAGUAAGAGGAGAGCUCAGCACAUAUUCUGCACUUGUACAGUAACCACCUCCAGAGAGGACUUCAUUCAGGCAAAACUCUCUUACAACCGCAGUAAAUGACGUGAAUGGGUAGUAUUCGUAUUGCUGAAACUUUUGCAAUCCCAAACAUUAUAAGGCCUGAACCUGAGAGUGUAUAGCCCAGGCAGGCCGCUGUAUGGCAAAGCGGGCACGUUAAAAUAGUCGCAAAAGGACUGCAUGGUCGACUAAAUUGGGUCUUGGGAUUUGAGAAUCGCUCGCAGAUAACCUGCGAUAUUGCAACCAAUUGCAAUGCUUAUGUCUCCAAAUAUGUCUGUAUAGCUUUCCAAUUUUCUGUUUAACAUCCAUUCAUUGCAUUAUAUUCCGAUUAAAUAGUAUUCUGACUUUUUUUAUAAAGUCCACGAAAUGGUUUCAUGAACCUGGAUUAUACUGAGUUUCCAAAUGCCGUUUUAGAUCGUUUUAUCUACCAUGAUUUUGACAAAAUCAGAACUCGGCAGUAUGCAAUACUCUACUGGAUCAUCGACACAAGUAACUACAAGAUUUCAAAUGUGAGUUUAAAUGAAAAUCAUUGAGGGGUACUUAGGCAAAAUCAACUUCCAACUGCUAGACCAUCAAAAACACGGCUCCUCACAUACUUUUCUCCUAUUUUUACACGCUUCCUGAAUAAACAGAUUCCUGACUGGGUGGGAAAAUUAAGACUCCUUGAAUUAAGGCAAACAACCGACGUUUAAAAUGGAAUGCCAGCUACUCGUUGAAUGUCCGACCAUGGUGCAUUUUCGUUGAUUAUCAGUAGGGAGGCAUUGAGGCAGAAAGAGUUAAUAAGAUAUUGGGCUGUUUAUAGGAUGGGAUGUUGGACUGCAUAUGUGACAACGAAAUUGUCUCACAAAUAUCAUUAUGAAGGUUAUUUCUAUCACGCUUUUGCAACCCAUUUAGUUCUACUGUGAAGAUGAUCAGGGCAUCCUUUGCUCUCUGAAUGACAGCGAAAACAAAUGCCGUAAGUCCGUAUCAAGAGCAAUAACUUUCAGUUUAUUAUUGAACCGAAAUGUCUUACAAUUUCUUUCAAAUGGUUCACAAAAAAAAUCACCCGAAUAAGUAUAGCGUUAAACAAACUUAGCCUGCCGAAACACGAUAUGCGUAAACCGUUAUUCUAAUAAUGUCCUUUAAAAUUAAAACGAACUUAUAAUUUUUUUGCGCCUAAACGCAGUCCAUAUAUCGAAAGCAUCAGCGAAAUAGCUAAAGUUAUUUGUAUUCGCAUACAGUAAGACAAAUGCUCCUUACAGUUCACCAUUGCAAUUAUUAACACUACAAAUAUCAACCUAAUUACAGAAGCCCAUUGAGGCGUAAAUUAACGCUUCAACAGCAGGGAUGUAUUCGUAUUUUCUAGGCAAAAUGAGCACGUCCACAGCCUUGCAAACUCUCAUUUGUCUAUUUAUAUACUGUUCUCUUAAAGAUCUCCAAAGUUUUGACGACGUCGCCAUCUACACACACAAAUUGGAACAUACUGCAGAAAAAUUGGAAUCUUUACAGUGUGUUCUCAACGACAAAUACAAAAGCAGGAAAUCGGUCAUUUGGGAUGGUAAGCGGUUCCCAUUUCUCUUAUGAAUUACAAUGUUUCGGACAUAGUCUACUGAUCAGAUUGAUUAUCCGAAGGCUUUGUGUAUUCGUCAAUCUCAGCAAUCGAACAGAUGUCAUAUGCCUCCGAUGAAAGUAAUGCAAGCAUCCAUGUUCAGUGAUUGACUAAAACACAUUGUGACAAGACCUAUCUGAGCUAAAUAAAAACCUCCAAACGACCAUUUGCAGAAAUGCGCUUCUGCAUGGAACUGGGUAACUAGGAAUAUUAUUGUUUCAACGCCGACAUGGUUUUGGCAAUCAGAAUCAAUGUCGGGCACUAAAAUGAGAAAGUCUUUGCGUUAUCUAAGACGGAAGAUUUUUAAAUGACGCAGAUUUACAGAGAGCUGAAGGCAGUACCAGCUCUAUCUUCUCUUAUCUGUGCCCACAGUGCAGCAGAAUACUGUGUGCAACAAAUGAACCUCGUUGUUGCACCUCGAGUUAGCCGGUAAACAUUUCCACUUAGUUUUAGUUGACUCAGUCCUAAGCCCGCCAUCACAGGUCAUUAUUUAAACCCUCCUGUAUUGAUCGUCGCGUUGUCAUCGCCCCCCCCCUCUUAGUACCAAAUGUCUUGAAUUGAAAUAUGUCACGUGCACCAUCUUAGCGUGCUUGUCUGAUUAGUUAACACAACUUAAGACGACGCGCUCCGAAGUCAGCAUUCUAAAACCAUAAUGCCAACUCUUGAGACAGCAUGCUUGUGAGACUUGACAAAUUAUAUUAUUAGAAUAGCAACCCAGCAGACGCAUGGCCUGGAAAAAAUAUGAACUGACGCCUGCCGGUAUUGCUGUUAAAAGCCUUUCCAUCUUAUCUGUCCAUAAAACGUUAAUCCAUGAAGUGCCUAUGACGAUGUGGUAGAGGUUGGCGGUUUACGUCCGUUCCGGGACACAUGUUUUCUGAUUACCGUGAAUUCAGCAUUUCGCAAAAAGUAUUAAGAAAACAAUUACAAGAUGUUUCAUUAGCGUGGCCUUUCGUGUUUGUGCACUAUGAUUAUAACUGUCUUUCAAGAAGAUCUUUCAUACUCCAGUAACCCUGUUUUGCGAGUCAAAAAUGAGGUAAUUUUUCGUUCCCGUUACUCGUUCGAUUUAAACAGCCUUACUUCAUCGUUUGACGAUUGUACUUAAAUGAUCAAAAAUAACAGUCAUUCCCAUGGCUGGAUUACCAUAAGAAUUUCAGAGCAAUUUGAUAGACAGUUGUUUUAGGUACCAGGUAAUGUUGUUCCGACGUAUUUCACAAUUCAUUCGACAAACCCAUAUGGCAUUUGAGUUAGAUUUCAUUGAAGUUGUAGAUAACGAGUCGAAAAUGUGGUAAUUCAAAUUACUCACAGUCGAUGAACCGUUUCGGGUGAGAAAUUCAACAAACAUUCGAUGGCAAUCAGAGCGGUCUUUACCAGGGCAGCAAAUACGCAUGGGAGCAGGUUAAUUUCCCGUCACUCGUUAAUCUCAGAUACUAACGAUCUGAAAUUUUUGGGUUUAUCCGAAAUUAUAAACGACAUGAAAUACGUAUCAUCACGAAAAGGCGAUAUUUUUGAUUUUCCUAUUUCUUCUUCCGACUUGAAUCGUUUGGUGGUUGAACAAAGUCUGCAAGUCCAAGUAUAAAUUAUGAAAAAUACGUAAUCCCCUUCGUACUGAGUAAAGGAGAUAGUAUUUUUAUGCAUGUUCUUUAUGAAAUAUGUCCGAAUAUACGAGAGCACCGAGAAUCGACAAAGGUCGUGCUUUUAAAAUAAACAUUUUUCACGAAGUAAAGUAUUUUCAGGCGGUCUAGACGAAGUUCUUUCGAACGUUCCCAUCAUGAAGUAACUGCAUUAUUUUAAGAUUGUACUGCAUGGUGAUUAAUAUUAAAGCCCUACUUAAGUCAUCUAUCCGAGUCGAAUCUAUAUUUAACCUUUCGGCUAAUAUUUUAUAAAUUAACACAUCUACUGUAUAUUUGACCUGCGAGACCUUUGAGCAUAAGGCGAUAUUGUUUGAUUUUCCUCCAUAUAUUUCUUAUUAAAAUUGAUUAGCAAUCAAAAGUUUGCAGGAUUGAGGGGAAUUAAGUAGUCUUCUAAGUACAUUUUGUGGUUUUUACUUACCGUUCCUUAGUGCCAGUGGAUCGAAAAUAUGGGGUAUUACCACCUUGUCUGAGAAUAUUUCGAUAUUAUAAACAUAUUUGUACAAGGUUUUGUUCCGUAGCCCCACCUUAUUGAUACCAUAUGGUUAGCUUGUUUAAACAAUGUUCGUUAACGUACCUAACUUAGCUAUUCGUUGGACUAUGAAGGGAAAGAGGGCGUCUGCAAAGCUCGAAGCACACACAGGAAAGCGGGUGAACGUGGCGUGUACACAUUCCCCUCUUCCGACACAGCCACUCGCUGGAUUAAUAGGGUAAGGAAGGCGCAAUCACAAGAGAAAAGCCACCGAGGGAACCGCGUGUUAAUUCGCAAUGCAUGGCCACUCUAGUGGAACUGACAGAGUUCCAUCCCGUUCGAACAAUGCCAUUAGCAAGCCUACUUAGCCACUACCUGGAUUAAGAUAAUAAAGAAGGCGCAGGCUGGGCUUAAGGCUCUGACAGAGAAGCGCAUAUGACUGAUUAACUGAUGUAAAGGAGGAUGGCGUAUAAGCGAACCACCCUUUGUGGCAAAGUUACUUGUAAGCUUAAAAUGGUAAGGAGGGCGCAAACACGCGAUAUUUGUAAGGUAAGCAUACUCGCAUAUACUAAAAUUUUUUGGAAAGCUAACCACACGGUAUCAAUAAAGUGCAGCUACGGAGCCAAGCCUCGCCCAUAUUUGUGCUUUAAAUGAGCAUUAUGUCAAUUAUGCAGUCCUUUUCCCAUUCUGUUUUAUCCAUGAGGCACGAUAUUUUAUAGUAUAUUUGGGCAUAUACGACUUUUGUUUUAGGUUGCUUUUCUUUAACGUUAACCUUGUCGUUAACAUUCAAAGUCAUAAUUAAUAGCUUGAACAUGACAAAUCUCUCGUUUUAAUCGAAUAUUGAAGUCAUAUUCGCAACAAGCAUGUAAGCUUUCCGUAAAGCAUCCUUCAUGUUUGCAAGCGACAGAUGAUACGAUGAGCCCGCACGAAUUAAGUGCUCUUACACCGUCAAUGAUACGUAUGAGUUAGGAUAACCUUUUGUUUCCCAUUCUUUUUUAGACAACUAUUUCCCUCACAGUGAAAGGACACACCGACAUCAUUGA